AAGCUUUAAAUAAAAGGGAAUUGCUAAUGGGGCGGGAGCUGGAGUAGCGGAUCCUUUUAGACGCGAGGAAGGGAAAACGGUAGAGAAGUUCCCGGGGCCCCUUGCCGCGUGGCCCUCCCCACUUCAACCUGCGCCCCGUUCCCGAAAAGCUAAAAGGAAAGCCAAGGUUGCUGCUGCUCGCCUGUUCCUACUCAAUAAAUACUACUUUUACCCUCCCAGAGGGAAGCAAAACUCAUUUCUUUCCCAAUCUUAGGGCUCGGAAAAGCUCGAGGCCUCGCUAUUUGUUUUUUGUUUUUUGCCUGGGGGAAUCCAACUAGGAAGGGUCUUGCUCUUGUUUCCAUUCUCCAAAUCCCACCCCUCAUCCUUCCCGGGGCGCCAUGUCUACCAGCAGUUGUAGUUUCAAGGACCGGUGCGUGUCCAUCCUGUCUUGCAAAUUCUGUAAACAAGUGCUCAGCUCUAGAGGAAUGAAGGCUGUUUUGCUGGCUGAUACCGAAAUAGACCUUUUCUCUACAGACAUCCCUCCUACCAACACAGUGGACUUAAUUGGAAGAUGCUAUUUCACUGAAAUCUGCAAAUGUAAACUGAAGGACAUCGCAUGUUUAAAAUGUGGGAACAUUGUAGGUUAUCAUGUGAUUGUUCCAUGUUGUUCCUGCCUUCUUUCCUGUAACAACGGGCACUUCUGGAUGUUUCACAGCCAGGCAGUUUAUGGUAUUAACAGACUAGACUCUACCGGUGUUAACUUCCUACUUUGGGGCAACUUGCCAGAGAUAGAAGAGAGUACAGAUGAAGACACAUUAGAUAUCUCAGCAGAAGAGUGUAUUAGAUGA